AUGGCAGCGUUGAAGGAUGUUGUUCCUGUGUACAAAAAUUUAAAAGAUGAAUGGGCGGCGACUCCGUGCAAUUUGAAGAAAUGCGGUGAACUACUCAAUCAAUUAAAGCAUUGUUACUAUAUUUGCAAACUUGGGUUGCAGGUGAUAUUUUAGAGAUUGGUGCGCAAUGGAGCAUCGUGACCGAAGAUAUACCUUCCUUCGAACGCUAUAUGGCACAAUUGAAGUGUUACUAUUUCGAUUAUAAAUCUGAAUUGAUGGAGUCUGCAUAUAAAUAUCAUCUUCUUGGCUUGAAUCUUUUAUUCCUGCUGUCUCAGAACCGCGUGGCCGAGUUUCACACGGAAUUGGAAUUGCUGCCUUCGGAUCAAAUACAAUCCAACGUUUAUAUCAGACACCCUUUGAGCUUAGAACAGUAUUUAAUGGAAGGUUCAUACAAUAAGAUAUUCUUAGCAAAGGGCAACGUACCAGCAGCGUCUUACAAUUUCUUCAUAGAUAUUUUGUUGAACACUGUUCGGGAUGAGAUAGGAGCGUGCAUGGAAAGUGCAUACGACAAGAUCUCCAUUCAGGACGCCUCGAGGAUGUUGAACCUAAGCUCGGAGGAUGACAUGAAAGCAUUUGCAGCGAAAAAGAACUGGAAUCUAGCGAAAGACAGUUACUUCUACUUCAGUACAGCCAACGAAAAGAAAACCGAAGAACCAAUUCCCAGUGCAGAUCUGGCCACAUUAGCCAUCGAUUAUGCAAGGGAACUUGAAAUGAUUAUGAAAAUAGAAACAUUAGCGAUAAUUACAUCAAUCGAAUUUCCUGUCAAUCUAAAAGCUCGAAGAUUUGUUCGAUCGAUUUGCACUUUGUGGAUUACUGUUUUAGGUUAUAUUACAACAGGACUCCGCGGUACAACAGAAAGAUCUGUCAAAAUGCUUCGUACUUACGAAGGCAUCCGUUUUUUUUCGGACAAACAAAUGGUAAUAUUGGAUAUUGGCAGCGCAUAUACAAAAUUUGGUUACGCUGGCGAACCUACUCCACGCGGUAUAAUAAGGACGGAAAUUAAGUGUUCAGACACUAAAGAGCUUCGAAGAAUUUAUGAUUACAAAGACACGGAAGAUUUAUAUCAACUGCUGGUCGAAUUUCUUCACGCUUUGUUCUUCAAGCAUGUCGUAAUAAGUCCAAAGGAUGCUAGAAUUGUCAUUUUAGAAUCCCUAUUAGUUCCGACACAAUUUAGGGACACAUUGGCCAAAGUAUUGUUCAGACACUUUGAAAUUGGGUCAUUGAUGCUGUUAUCUACUCAUUUAGCAACUAUCAGCACCUUGGGUGUCAAUUCAGCUUUAGUUUUGGAUGUUGGAUACAAGGAGGCCACAUUAAUUCCUAUUUAUGAGGGUGAACCAAUUUUGAAGGCAUGGCAGGCUCUUCCCUUGGGCGGUCAAGUUGUACACGAGUUAUCAUAUUAUUGCAACAGGUAUCUGAUGAAAUCUUUAAGAGAAAUGUAUCCUAAUGUGAGCAUCACGGAGAAAUUUGUAGAAGAUAUAAAAGUGAGGACAUGUUUUGUUACUACAUUAGAAAGAUCAGCUAAAUUGGGAACAGCAGAUGCUCCUAAGCCUCCUCCAGCGGUUAAAUAUCCCGGAGUUAAAAGUAUCAACAUACCAGGCGAAAUUAGAGAGAAAGCGUUUGAAGUAUUAUGGGAAAGGGACAAUGAUAAUCUCAGUCUACCUACAAUGAUCCUAAAUGCUAUUAUUCAGUGUCCGAUAGAUAGUAGACGAACUUUAGCAGAAAAUAUACUAUUAAUUGGUGGCACAGCGAUGACAAAAGGCUUCGCAAGUCGUCUCAAAUCCGAGCUUUUAACUCUCGUGAAAAGUAGUCAUUACUCCGAGAAGUUAAAAAUUCAGACAUUCAUGUUUCACACUGCGCCCAGUAAACCAAAUUACACAGCAUGGUUAGGUGGUGCUAUCUUUGGAAGCGUAGAUUUACCACUAAGAUGCCUGACAAAGGAAAAUUAUUUGAAAUCUGAUAGAGUUCCAGACUGGGUCAGCUUAAUAGAUAAUCAGAGAGACGAAUCAACCGUCUAUGAAACCUAA